AUGUCUUCUAUUCGCGAUGCGGACGCCGUCACUUCGAGCAAUGGCCCGGAGAUGGAGGUGGAUGAUUGGAAUUUCCUCUAUAAAGUGGAGGAGCACCAGACGGUUACUAUGACUUUCGACCAUGUUCAUGGUUGGGAAAGGGCGAUGGGUUUGGGUAAUACGGCUGUUUUUGUCUUCCCUGUUGCUUCUACUGGAGACACGGUUGGGUCUAAGCUCCUCAAUCAAGUGACGAAGGCUCUGUUGGCUGGGGGGUUUCCUUCGGUAAAAGAGAUUUUCGACGGCAGGGGGUGGAUGAUUUCGAGACAGCGUGGUGCGAUGUUAGAGAAACUGGAGGGCGGGUACAGGUAUGACGGAGCUGAGUUCGUCACGUUUGGUUGCCCGUCCGCCUUCUGGCCUCCCCCUUUCAGUUGGGAAGGGGCAGGGGGAUCAGUGAUUUACGAGUUUACGACGAGGGGUCUGAGUAUGGAAAAGGCCCAGGAGUUGCUAUCAGAGUCCUCGAGUCCGAUGGUGGCGUUAUAUCGUCAAGUGGACGGGAAAGGGGAUUGGCUCCCCGAUAAGUAUUUCCUUCGGUGCGUGAAUGCGCCAGACGAUGGGAAGGUUCUUCGUAUUGGCGGUAUCACGAUGCGGCCCGUUUAUCGGUGCAGUUUUUGUUGGCGAGGUUUCCCGUCCGCUGAGGCGCACACUUCUCUGAAGUGUCCGCUCGUUUCGACUAUGAAUAAGGCGCGCAAGGCGGCGGGGUACCCACCAAUUAAGGCCUCGGAAACGUCUUGUCCCGAUAUUCCUAAGGAGAAGGUGGCUAUUGAUGUCGAGAAAGAGUUAGAGGGCGUGAAGGGUUUGUUGGCGAAGCUGUCCGCUCGACUCGACAAGUUGGAAAAGUCUCUUGGUGACAAGAGCAAAGAUAAGAGCGGACAAGAGCAGAGAGGGAGUAAAAGAAAGGCUGACGCCCCUCCCGCCAAUGAAAAUAAGAGCAAGAAGGCGAAGAAAGGAAAGGGGAAGAAAUCGGGGGAAAAAGAUCGCGACUAG